ACUAGUAACAUACAACAUGGAGGUAAAGACCGAUUGCUAGUAUUUGACCUGUUUCAAAAUUCCAAAGUACUUUGUCAGACUAAGUCCAGUGGUGAAAUAAUCAAAGCAACGAAGGUAUUUGAUAACUCUACGUUUCGCAAUAUAAAUGUAACGUGCCCGUGGAAUGUAGAUACCCAUAUAUCUCUAGUCAACGAGCCCAAACCGAUGAAUAGCGCAAGUAGUUUGUAAAUAUCACUGGUGAUAACAACUACAAUAAAUUACAGUACAUUGCAGUUUUCGAUUUUUAUGGUGGACAAUUUAAUAGAAACUAGAAUGAUACAGUUUAUUGUGUUGCUUGGUUUAUUCUGCCUCGGCGGGGCUUAUGAGGUGUGUUCCACCUCCAACUUUGGGUACAACCAAUACUACACCUACUGUGAAGGAAACACCUACUGCUGCCAUGACGACACAGAAUGCUGCAAAAGUUUGACUGGCGGGCAGAUUGCUGGGAUCGUGGUUGGUAUAGGCUUCCUGAUCAGUCUGUGUGUGGGUUGUGUCGUCUGCUGCUGCCGCAAAAACAGGCGACAACCGCCAGCCACCAUGGGGAUGCAAGCUUCGCCUAGUGCGCCUACAGUGAGUUACAUAGCCAGCCCGGGAGGACAACCUCAGGUCAAUUACGGCGCACCCCCGGGAGGACAGCCUCAGGUAAAUUACGGCGCACCCCCGACGUACUCUCAGGCAGCGUACAGUACGGGACCUUACCCCCAAUACCCCGCUCCGUACGCUCAUGCACCGACCAGCGAAGCGCCUAGUCAAAACGGCCAAUAUCCAACCGGUCAUGCAUACAAUGCCCAAUCUCAGUACGUUGGUGAACAUCAAAGUACCAAUGAAACCUCAACGAGUCAACCGUCAGGCCAGAGCACGAACAAUUCGUAUAGUAACGAAGGCUACACAAACCAGGCUGCUUUUACCUCCGAAAACAAGUGAUCCAAAAUAAAUAACUGUUUGAGAGUUCCGCGAUGCUAUAGUAUACAGAACAGUCUCAGUCUAGAAGUAGUUCAUGUAUAUUCACGAAGUGAAACUGUUUGUGAGUUCUUGAAAACAAUCUCAAAAUAAUAAGAAAUGCAUAUUCAUGCUAAACAGAAAUCGAGAACGCUUUUGUGCUCCAAAGAUUUCGAAUAUUUUGUUUUGUUUAUAACUAUGCAUUUAAAACAAAAAAUAAAUGUUUUUUAACAAUU